UUCAGGCUAUCGGACAGAGUGCGGUCAUCAGCUCAUUCUUGUCCCGUCGCUAUUCCGGCGUACGCGUCAUAUAAACCCGAGUGAACAGAAACCCAUCGUCUUCCCUGCGAGCGUGCUUGAUAACUUGGUCCAGUAUGCCUCUUCCCCAGGGUCCCCUUCCGUCUUUCGACGAGCUGCCGAGCUUCCGUAACUUCCCUGGUUGUGCCUGGGAUGUUUGGGGCAAAGACGAUGAACUGGGCACCAUCAACUUACUGACCGAGGAUGUUGUGAGAGAGGCGGCAAAGGAGAUCAAGCUCGGCAAGACGAUCUGUCUGAACUGGCCAAUCAACUUUCCGAGGAAGCCACUCUUCAAUCGUCAGCCACCGAGCAUUCAGAUGUGGAAGAAGGGCGAAGACAUCGCUGUGCAUGACGACUCUAUAGAAAUUAAUACUCAAUCGGGAUCGCAGUGGGACGGUCUUCGCCACUUCGGUCUCUUGGAGCAUCAAAUAUUCUACAACAACACUCCAUCCGAGUUCUUCAAGACUGGGAGCCUUGUCCAGGAUUUUCCGGAUAAGGUAGACAACGACUUCAUCAAAUACGGGAUCCAUAACUGGGCGCAGCACGGCAUAUGCGGGCGUGGUGUCCUCUUGGAUCUUGUACGCUACUAUACGGAGUCUGGCAACCCGUUGCCCUACGACCCAUGGACGACGCACAGCAUCCCGAUCUCGGAUUUGGAAGCUUGUGCUAAGAAGCAAGGCGUGACGUUCAAGCAGGGCGACAUCUUGAUUCUCCGAAUGGGAUUCAUGCAACGGUAUCUCAGUUCCACGCAAGAAGAGCGCGACGCCCUAGCAGGCAAAGUAGAGACUUUGGCCGGCAUCGAGCAAGGCGACGAGUCGAAACGUUUCCUCUGGAACAACCACUUCGCUGCCGUAGCAUCCGACCAGCCUACUGUUGAGAGUUGGCCCCCGCCGUUCCCGCAUCACUUGCACCAGACCCUUCUUGCCCUAUGGGGUAUGCCUAUUGGCGAGAUCUUUGACCUGGAAGCGCUAUCGAAAGCUUGCGCUGAGACGGGACGAUACACAUUCUUCUUCACCUCCUGGCCGUUGAACAUAUUGGGUGGCGUUGCAAGCCCGCCAAACGCUGCCGCCUAUUUGUGAGAAGCUGACAGCCGAAUUAAGUGUAAAUACCAGUGGUCGCAUUGCCAUUGUAGCCAGAGACUUGUAUGUAUGCGGGAAUGAUAUCGUCGUCGCUCUUCAUUUAUUAUGAAUGCUACAAUGACCGAUUGUCUUGACCAAGUGACAAAACAGACCGAGUUGACAAUUGCUACUGGAUGUACGACCUUU